GGAGAAGUGAAUAAACCUCAGCUCUGAGCGCGGGCUCCUCGGCUCCCGCGGGGCGGCUGCAGCUGCAGCCGGAGCCACCAGCCGCGCCUCCCUCCCCGGGCUCGGCAGCGCUCUCUGACCUCGGUGUUUGUCUCGGCCUCGCGGGCACCGGCAACUGCGCAAUAACCUGGCCGAGCGGGGGGUCCGGAUCCGGGCCAGCGAGGGCCAGGGCAGGCGUCCUGCCCCGACAGCGCGUUUGCAGGGGAAGGCUAGAGCGCCGGGGGGUGAUCGCUCCCUUGCCGGCAUCAGUGCGCUGUCCCGAUUCCCCCGGGAGUGUGUCCCCUUUCCCCCCCCCCCGGAGCAUGGCUUCAGAUAGAGGAAAUCCUCAACACUGCUCCCCAGGAAGGACUUCUCCAGAAGAAACAGCCUGAAGCCUCCGAGAAUAAGGGGGGAAAAGACCCACUCAGGUGCUCUGCGGGGGGGAUGCCUGGCACCCUGCAAUGGGGCCGAAGCAGGGGGUAGAUUGCAGUCCCUUCAUCAGCUCAAUAACUGGCAAUUACCGGGGUACCGGGGAAGGCUAAGAAACCCCCUUGUAGGAUGUGGGAGGCGUUCUUGCUCUAUUUCGAAGUUUUGGGCUGGGCAUCUCAGCCCUCACUCUCCACCCACGUUCCCGUCUCUCCUCAAAAUCCAGAGCCGAGCCAUGAAGUGCACCGGGAAAGGAAAGCAGGGCCGGCGCCCGGUGCGUCCCCAGGGCACACGCUGGCCACUGCUGAGCGAACGAGAGCGGAGGCGGACGUGGGGAACAAAGCAGCCCCCGGCCAGGCUGCAGCUUCGCAGGUCUUCUGGGCCUUGGGAGGAUGGAGGCCUGAGACACUCCGAGGCUCCUUCGCGUUCGGGCCUUAUUUGCGAGGGCAGGAGUGGGAUGGGCUGAGGGUGAAGCUCUAGAGCGGGGACCCUCUUCCUGCCCCAGCUCGGACUUCGUGAUUCUGCCCCUCUUCUAGGUGCAGGUCACACUGACGAGUCUGAGGCAGGUUUGCCAGAGGAGGGCCACCUGGUCCACAGGGAUCCCAUUUCCCGCCCUUCGCCCCGCUCCAUGAUCCCACCCAGGCGCUGCAGCUGCCCUCUGCAGGCCGCGGAGACCCGCCGCGACAAAUGAGCCGGCGAAGGAGGUGGCCGCCGCCUGCCCCGCCCCACGGUGGUGGCUGAGCCGGCGGAGGAGGCGGGAGCCCGGUGUCCCGAGGGCCUGUGGCCUCUACCCCCACAGGUGUCACCAAGAGUGGCCUACACGCGGAUGAGCCCACAGCAGGCUGAGGGCGUCAGCUUCCUCUACCACCCCUGUGCCCACCCCUGGCUGAAGCUCCAGCUGGCCCUCCUGGCCCACAUUUGUGUUGCCCAGCCCUCUCUGGCCCCUGACUCCAGCCUCACUCAGGAUCGGCCUCUGGUGCUGGCAGCAUGGGGGGUGGCGCUGGAGAUGGCAUGGGUAGAGCCAGCCUGGGCUGCCCACUGGCUGAAGAGGAGGCGGCGGAGGAAGCAGAGGAAGGCAUGGUUCCUCUCUGACAGCCUUUCUGGACCCUCUCCCCUGGUGCCAACCCCCCGCAGAGGGCGGCUGUGCCGGAGAGGGUGUGUGAAGGCCCUGGCUUUGGCCUUUACUCUGCGGAGCUGGCGACCCCCAGGUGCAGAGGUGGCAUCUAGAAGGCCCAGGCAGCUCUCUCCUGGUGGUGUCAAGAGGCGUGGGUUGCGAGCUGCCCUUGGUCUCCAGCCCAUCCCCUCAGCCCUGAGGUUCCCCUCUGCUUUCCCACGGAACUUGGAGGGCAAGCAGCCUAUGUUGGGAACCCCCGGUGAAGGGGGUAAUGCCCCAUCUGUGCCUACUGCCCCCCUGCUGCCUGGGGGGCCUAGAGGCAAUGCCAGCUCCAGGAUAGAGGCUCAGCUGCCCAAAGGGCAGAGCAGCCCUGGGGGCUGUGCCUGUCCAAGUCAGGCUUCCCCCGCCCCGCGGGCAGCAGCGCCUCCGCGGGCAGCCCGGGGCCCCACCCCGCGCACGGAGGAGGCCGCCUGGGCUGCCAUGGCCCUGACCUUCCUGUUGGUGCUGCUCACCCUGGCCACGCUCUGCACUCGGCUGCACCGAAACUUCCGACGCGGGGAGAGCAUCUACUGGGAGCCCACAGCGGACAGCCAGGACACAGUGGCGGCUGUGCUGAAGCGGAGGCUGCUGAUGCCCCCGCGCCGGGUCAAGCGCUCCCGCCGCAGACCCCUCCUCCCGCCCACGCCGGACAGUGGCCCGGAUGGGGACAGCUCCAACUGACCUACCCCAGCCCUGCCACUGUGGCAGUCCGGUUCCUCCGCCCGCCGGGAGGCCGCGACCUCUGCCACGUGGACCGCGCGCAGGGCCGCCCCCUGGUGGCCGGCUGGCGCAGUCCCGGCUAAGCGUUGCGAAGGGGCUGGUCCUUAACGUGAUUUGCGGGAGGGGUGGCCCAGGGAGCAAAAGGCCUAGUUCAGCCUCCUUUGUCUGUAUUUCUAAUUAAAUUAUUUUAGUAGAA